AUGGCUUCAGUUCCAGGCCCUGAUUCCCUCUCUGAUGAGGAAUUUUCAUCACGUCCGCCGCGCUACGCCGGUGAGGAUACCACCCCGACCAGCCGGCAGGAAAUCUGGGGCUGGUAUGCUUACGGCAUCGCUGCCGAGGUCUUCGCUGUCUGCGGUGUCGGAUCAUUCCUUCCGCUGACCCUCGAGCAAUUGGCUCGCGAGCGAGGAUUUCUCCAAUCCAGCCAUCAGCCAUGCGUUGGGCCGAACGCGCCAACGGGCGACUCCAAUGAACAAUGCGUCGUCCACUUGAUGGGUUUGGAGAUCACCACCGCCAGCUUCGCCAUGUACACCUUCUCCCUGGCGGUGCUUGUGCAAGCCUUGACUCUGAUAUCGUUCAGCGCGCUGGCAGAUUACGAGAGUAACCGCAAAACCCUCCUCAUGACCUUCGGCUUCGUGGGAUCCGUAACGAGCAUGCUGUUCAUGUUCAUUUCCCCCUCCGUCUAUAUUCUUGGUGCGCUCCUGGUCGUGGUAGGCGUUGUAUGUCUGGGGUCCUCGUUCGUCGUGCUCAACUCGUUUCUGCCCGUCCUCGUCGCAAACGACCCGUCCAUCGCUUCACCAACCAAAGAGACACCGGAAGAGCUUCACCAGCUACACCCUGAUGGAGAGGAGACUGACGAUAACUUUCGCACGCAUUCUGCCCGGUCGCAUGGUCAUGAUCAGGGCGAAUCCGGUCAGUCCUCUACAACGAAAGCCGUGUCUCCCGAACUACAGCUGUCGACGCGCAUAUCGUCCAAAGGAGUGGGGCUUGGUUAUUGCGCCGCAGUGCUCGUUCAAAUCCUCAGCAUCGGGCUCCUCUUGACUCUCUCAAAGACCUCGAUUGGUAAAUCAUCCGGCACGCUGCCGCUGCGCUGCGUGCUGCUGCUAGUCGGUCUCUGGUGGUGCGCGUUCACACUGGUCAGCCGGCGGUGGUUGCGCACCCGCCCCGGCCCGCCGCUAGAGGAGGCCGGCGGCGCAACACGCAACGGCGGCCCACCCCGCGCUAGAUGGCGGCUCUGGCUAAGCCUCGUGGGAUUCGCCUGGAGGUCGCUGUGGAAAACCGCGCGGGUGGCGGUGGGCCUGCGCGAGAUGCGCCUGUUCCUCGUAGCCUGGUUCUUGCUGUCGGAUGCGCUGGCGACGGUGUCCAGCACGGCGAUCCUGUUCGCGCGCACCGAGCUGCACCUGAGCACCACCAUGAUCGCGCUCCUGUCGAUCACCGCCACGGUCUCCGGAAUGGCGGGCGCGUUCCUGUGGCCGAUCGUGUCGCGCCGGCUAGGUCUGCAGUCGCAUCAGACCAUCAUGCUGUGUCUUGCGCUGUUCGAGCUGAUCCCCUUGUACGGACUGCUGGCCUACUUGCCAUUUGUCCAGCGCUGGGGCGUCAUCGGCCUGCAGCAGCCCUGGGAGAUCUAUCCGCUGGCUGUCGUGCACGGUGUGGUUGGAGGCGGAUUGGCCUCGUACUGCCGCUCUUUCUUCGGGCUGCUGAUUCCUCCCGGCAGCGAAGCAGCCUUCUACGCCCUGUACGCCGCCACGGACAAGGGCAGCUCGUUCAUCGGCCCGGCCAUCGUGGGCAUGAUGAUCGACAAGACGGGCCAGGUGCGGAGCGGGUUCUUCUUCGUCGCGGUGCUCAUCCUGCUCCCGAUCCCGCUGAUCUGGAUCACCAACGCGGAACGGGGCCGCGCCGAGGGACUAGCGGUUGCCGAAAAUCUGGCCGAUCGGGAUGGCGAGGAAGCGGAGGGCUUGCUUUCUCGACGAAGCUGA